GUGUGUGGCUGGGCACUGGUUUGAACCUUCAGAUCGAGCCUCCCAUUAUUUACCAGCAACACCUGCCAGCUUCACGGACCUGUUGCCAGCAACAAUUGCCAGUCUCAGUAUAGUUGGAUCUAUAUAAGUUAUAUACAGCUACACGUCAUUGGGUUAGACGGAGAGAUCAGAUGUGGAAAGCCUGCACUAACACGGAUCAGACGCAGUCCCAGACAAAUAAGUAGCUACAGUGGGAAUCAUGCCAUGCUCUAUCAAACUGCCCAUCGUAGUGAAAGCCGAGAUCAACGUGGUGCUUGUUGCCAUAACUGGUCUGGCACUGGUGACAAGACUGUGUGGAAUUUGUUUUCCCAACGCUGUGGUGUUUGAUGAAUUGUAUUAUGGACAGUUUGUAUCCCUUUACAUGAAGAGGGUUUUUUUCAUCGAUGAGAGUGGCCCUCCAUUUGGUCACAUGAUCUUAGCACUGGGAGCUUAUCUUGGAGGAUUUGAUGGAAACUUCAUCUGGAACAGAAUUGGAGCAGAGUACUCCAGCAAUGUGCCAAUCUGGAGCCUGAGGGUGAUACCAGCUGUUGCAGGGGCACUCUGUGUACCCCUCGGCUACCUUCUAAUGGUGGAAUUGGGAUACUCCCAUCUCACAGCACUUGGGGCCUCCCUGCUCCUCCUCAUGGAGAACUCCCUAAUUGCUCAGUCUCGCUUCAUGUUGCUGGAGUCGCUGCUCAUCUUCUUUUUGCUGCUGGCAAUUAUGUCUUACCUGAGGUUUCACAAUGCACAGAGCUUAAGCUCACCAAGCAAGUGGGCAUGGUUGGUAGUCUCUGGAACCUCUUGUGCCUGUGCAGUAGGAGUGAAGUACAUGGGCCUCUUCACUUACAUACUACUUUUGGGUCUGGCAGCUAUCCAUAUCUGGGAGCUCAUUGGAGACAGAACACAAAGCAAUGUGAUGGUGCUGGUGCAGGUAUUGCCCCGUUGUCUUGCACUCCUGGUCCUGCCUGUGGUGCUAUACCUCGGAUUUUUCUAUGCUCACCUUAGCCUGCUCUAUCGCAGUGGACCCCAUGACCAGAUGAUGAGCAGCGCCUUCCAAGCUAGUCUAGAGGGUGGAUUGGCAAGGAUAACACAAGGUCAGCCUCUGGAAGUGGCGUUUGGCUCCCAAAUUACACUGCGCUGUAAAUCAAGCAAACCUGUCCCAUGCUGGCUGCACUCACACAAGGCCAACUAUCCCAUCAGGUAUGAAAAUGGGCGUGGCAGCUCUCAUCAGCAGCAGGUUACCUGCUACCCUUUCAAAGAUGUCAACAACUGGUGGAUUGUCAAAGAUCCAGGCAGACAGGACCUAGUGGUUAGCAACCCACCCCAGCCUGUUAGACAUGGGGAUGUCGUACAGCUUCUGCAUGGCAUGACGUCACGCUUCCUUAACACGCAUGAUGUUGCUGCUCCCAUGAGUCCUCACUCACAGGAAGUUUCUGGGUAUAUUGACUUCAAUGUUUCAAUGCCAGCCCAGAACCUGUGGAAAGUGGAAAUACUGAACAGGGAGUCAGAACGAGAAGUGUGGAAGACUAUUCUGUCAGAGGUGCAGCUUGUCCAUGUCAACACCUCUGCUGUGCUGAAGCUCAGUGGGCUCUCCCUACCAGAGUGGGGCUUCAGGCAGCUGGAGGUGGUGGGAGACAAGAUCUAUAAGGGCUAUCAGCAGAGUGGUGUGUGGAAUGUGGAGGAACACCGCUAUGGAAGGAGCCAGGAGCAGAGAGAGAGGGAGGUGGAGCUACACUCUCCCACACAGAUUAAUAUAAGCCACAAUCUCACUUUCAUGACUAAGUUCUUUGAACUGCAGUGGAAAAUGCUCAGUGUGAAGAAUGAGGAGUCUGAACACAAGUACAGCUCUUCUCCCAUGGAAUGGGUUGUCAUGGAUACCAACAUUGUAUACUGGCUCCACCCCUCCAGCAAUGCUCAGAUCCACUUGAUUGGGAAUUUUGUUACCUGGACUUUUGCCACUUUGGGCCUAGCAGUGUUUACUGCGCUAUUCUUUUGGUACCUGUUGAGGCGGAGAAGGAACAUAGAAGACAUUCCUGAAGCCUCAUGGAGUCAGCUGACCCAAGCAGGUCUUGUGUGCGGUGGUGGUUGGGCAGUGAACUACCUACCGUUUUUCAUGAUGGAGAAGACUCUCUUCCUGUACCACUACCUGCCAUCGCUAAGCUUCAAGAUCUUGCUACUGUCAGCUGUCCUGGAGCAUCUGCACACACAUAUUUUGAGGUGUUCCUCUCAUCGUCUCACACUUGAUGCAGUACUGGUGGCAGGUCUGUCUUCUGUGUAUCUGUCCUACCGUGCCUUCAGUCCCCUCACCUAUGGGCAGCCAGAACUUAACUCUGAUGCGCUGGCCUCACUGCGCUGGAAGGACACCUGGGACAUCCUGCUCCGCAAGCCCUGACUCUAUGGACAGUUCUACAUUGAGCACCCUUGACAUGGUGAAAAUGCUUUUUUUGAGAAUUUUAUGUCAGAGGAGACACUAAGUACCUGAGGAAAGAUGUAAAAUCCUACUGUAUACGCCUGGAACAUUGGUUGUAUUACUAAUAUAACUAUAAAUAACUAUAAUGUCGACAGAACUUUCCAAAUAAUUCUCAUUCAAUACGAGCAUCUUGUGGCCAGGGUCACAUCCUUUGCAAUUUCUUUAGCUUGUUAAAUUAAAAUGUGAGGCAUUCUUAACUGGGUCACAGAAAAGCAUAUCCAUUAUUUUAACAUCAUAUUCAGUCGGUAGUGUUUAGGAU